AACCAGGGGGCGGGGCUGGGCGUGGCACCACCCCGCGCUCCGCUGCCAGGGGCAGGAGGGAAGAAGGCUUGCUUCACGCCCCGGGAGAAGCGACAGGAAGCUCGGCUGUGGGUUACUGGCCCCGGCGUCUCCGCGUGGGGCGCACCGUCCGAGCCGCCCCUCUCAGUGUCCAGCGCCCCGCCCCGCCUCGCUUGGGAGAAGCCGCAUGGACGCGCCGGGCUAGAGUGGGCGGUUAUAGGCUUUGAGUUAGGCCGUUUCCGGGAGGCGGAGCUCAGACCCAAUUUCCUUUCUCCACAUCCAGGUGGCGCGGCGUUUGCUGUGGCGGCUAGGCCCGCGUGCGCUGGAGACCUUCGCGCUGGCCCCAACGAGCCUCCUGCCCUGGGCCGGCGCUGCGGCUCUGCCGCGGCGGCAGCAUGGGUGGCCCCCGGGGCGCGGGCUGGGUGGCGGCGGGCCUGCUGCUCGGUGCAGGCGCCUGCUACUGCAUUUACAGGCUGACCGGGGGUCGGCGGCGGGGCGACCGCGAACUCGGGAUACGCCCUUCGAAGCCCGCAGAAGACUUAACUGUUGGUUCAUAUGAUGAUGUUUUAAAUGCUGAACAACUUCAGAAACUCCUUUACCUGCUGGAGUCAACUGAGGAUCCUGUAAUUAUUGAGAGAGCUUUGAUUACUUUGGGUAACAAUGCAGCCUUUUCAGUUAACCAAGCUAUUAUUCGUGAAUUGGGUGGUAUUCCAAUUGUUGGAAACAAAAUCAACCAUUCCAACCAGAGUGUUAAAGAGAAAGCUUUAAAUGCACUAAAUAACCUGAGUGUGAAUGUUGAAAAUCAAAUCAAGAUAAAGAUAUAUAUCAAUCAAGUCUGUGAGGAUGUCUUCUCUGGUCCUCUGAACUCUGCGGUGCAGCUGGCCGGACUGAGAUUGUUGACAAACAUGACUGUUACCAAUGACCACCAGCACAUGCUUCACAGUUACAUUACAGACCUGUUCCAGGUGUUACUUACUGGAAAUGGAAACACGAAGGUACAAGUUUUGAAACUACUUUUGAAUUUGUCUGAAAAUCCAGCCAUGACAGAAGGACUUCUCCGUGCCCAAGUGGAUUCAUCAUUCCUUUCUCUUUAUGACAGCCACGUAGCAAAGGAGAUUCUUCUUCGAGUACUUACGCUAUUUCAGAAUAUAAAUAACUGCCUCAAAAUAGAAGGCCAUUUAGCUGUGCAGCCUACUUUCACUGAAGGUUCAUUGUUUUUCCUGUUACAUGGAGAAGAAUGUGCCCAGAAAAUAAGAGCUUUAGUUGAUCACCAUGAUGCAGAGGUGAAGGAAAAGGUUGUAACAAUAAUACCCAAAGUCUGAUUGGUCAUAUUUUUCCAAAGAGUAAUGCAGUCUGGAUAUAAACAUAUUUUCUGUCUUCCUUAUAAGGGGAUUCUUCCAGCUGCUGAAUUUAAACAGUAAAUAUCACAUUUUGUCAUUAACACAGCUAUAACUUGCCAUGGUUCUCAGAUUUUUUUGGACUUAUUUUGAUGCCAAGUGAGUAUAAGAGCUUGUACUGAAACCAUUUCUUUCUUUCUAUUUUGCUAUUUGCAAAUGCUUGUUAUGUUCCCUACAUGAAGUGGCAGUAACCUUUUUCACAUUUAAGCUACCCUUCUACCUUUUGAAGUGAUUUGCAGUUACUCAUCUGAGACAGCAUCAGUAUUUGACUAAAUCAUUGUUUCACAACUGAAUAGUCUUGUUCUUUUAGUAGAAGUGAAAUCCUAAGCUCUUGAGGCCACUCAUCUGCCAACCUGACCAUACUGCUUUCAAAAGUCUUUUCUCAUCAGUAGAACCUAUUUUGGUCACUUCUAGUCAAUGAAAAAUGUAAACUUUUAGGAGAGAAUGUUUCCUAGGACUCACCCACUCCAUUCAAUAUUACAUAUAAAAUAGUGUGAUCAAUCACAAUGUCCAUCUUUAGACAGUUGGUUAAAUAAACUGUCUGGUCUUUGAAAAGACCGCGCCGGGCGCAGUGGCUCUUGCCUGUAAUCCCAGCACUUUGGGAGGCUGAGGCAGGCAGAUCACCUGAGAUCGGGAGUUUGAGACCAAGCCUGACCAAUAUGGAGAAACCCUGUCUCUACUAAGAAUACAAAACUAGCUGGGCAUGGUGGCGCAUGCCUGUAAUCCCAGCUACUUGGGAGGCUGAGGCAGGAGAAUUGCUUGAACCCGGGAGGGAGAGGUUGCAAUAAGCUGAGAUCGUGCCAUUGCACUCCAGCCUGGGCAACAAGAGCAAAACUGUGUCUGAAAAAAAAAAAAAAAAAAAUGAUGGAGCUCCAAAUGUGCUUAAGUGGAAAGAUAUCUAUGAAAUACGGUGGUUUUUUAAAAAACAAAAAUUAUAGAAUACGGGAUCCGUGUGUGUGUGUGUGUGUUUGAAUGAAAAAUGCUUAUGUAUUGACAGAACACUUCUAGAAUGAUACCCAAACUCCUGGAGUGGGAGUGGGGAAUGCCUUCUACAUACACACUGUUCUACUGUUUGAAUUUUUUACUAUGAGCCCAAAUUGUAUAAUCUUUUCUUAAUAAAGAGGAAAAAAAUCA